CCCGCGGGUUGAGGGGCAGCGCAGCGUGAGUGCGGGGGGAUGCGGGGGCGGCGGGGCCGGUGCCCGCGCCCCGGGCGGGCGGAACGUGCGGUGUCGGUGUAACAGCGCCGGGAUAGUGGAUGUAUCAACAGAAGGUGUUGACACGGGAUUAACCCUUCCCGUCUCCUGCCUUUCAGCAUUUUCUCUUACGGCCCGAGCUCAGCCAGAGGCAAAUGUUUGAAAUUCAGAUGAGGAAGGCGUAAAUAUUUUAUUUGGGGAAAUGGGUUUUUCGCGUGCCUGUGUGUGUGCGUGUACAUACGCAGGGCUCGUGUGUGUAGCUCUCCGUGAAAUGUAACGUUACAUUUCAAAUACCUGUGCUUAUUUCGUGGUAGUUUUUAUGACAGGGCAGCAGCGUACGGAUUUACAAUUAGCUGCGCCUAAGUUUGGGCCAGCCCUGUUCUGAAAAAGUGCCGGGUUUUACCUGUAACACUGAGCAGAUGUGUACAAUGGCACAUCUCCUGUCUCGCUGCCGGUACAAAUACACUCUGGAAAAGGAUAGCUGCCUAUAUUUGGGAAAACACAACACGCCAAAAAAAUCAUUAUUUAGGUUUUUAAUGCGGUCAUUCUUACUUAAAACUGCCUCGUAAAGCGUGGAAGAUAUUACACAUUGUUAUACUUGAUAGAUGGGAAAAUAAUGCAACUUUUAUUCUUUUGUAUCAUUUCCUGCAUGUAACCUUCAAACAGUGCUCACAGUUAGAGAAAGAAGAACAGGAGCGAUUCAAAGUAGUCUUUUUAAUUUAUUUUGUUUUAAUCUUGGGCCUAAAAUAUUUUUUUUUAAAGUUUUGAAGGGUUCAGCUUCUUUUUCUAUUUUCUUCAGAGACAUUCACAGUAAGGAAGGUAAUAAUUAGAUACUUCUGAUAGGUGAGCUGUAGUACUCUAUGGAGUACUAAAAGGAAAUUAAGAGAAUUGACACAGAAGCCAGCUUCAAAUUUUACUUUCUUUUUUAACCUCCAGUCUGGCAUUUGUUGUGAAUUUCAGCUUAAAAGGAUAUUUUGUUCAGCUUUGUCCUAAUUUAAGUAUAGAGAUUUAUUUUCAAGAUUGAAGAUUAGAACAAUGGGAAGGAAUUGCAGCUUAUAUACUUAUAAUCUUACUGAGAGUCAACUUAAAAGUAUUUAAUACAGCUAUUCAAGUAUCCUCUUGUCAUUUGUUUUAUGCCAGUUAGUUGUAAUUUCUUUCUGUAACAUGGAUUGUUAUAAACCAUGAAAAAAAUGCUUAUUAUCUGUAUGUAUAAUUCACUCUCAUGAACAAAUUAGAUUUUUCUUCCAUGAGUGAACUAUAAUAUGAAAUUUAAUGUUCUGACCUCUCUUAUGCUGGAUUACUAAAAACAGUGUCAUUUAGCUUUUCUGAAAGCCCAAGCAUAUUUUUGUUGUUGGUUUAAUGUGUUGUUUUAUAUUGUUGUUUUUAAUUGUGGAAAAAAGUAACAUUACACAUGUAAUUUUCACAUCACUUCUUAAUAUAUGCAGACGCUAAAGUUCUUGCUGUGUAAAAGAAAAAGUCUAGUUGUUCCGGUUUUUUCCUGGGAGCUCUGAUGGCCAGCAUUCUUGCUAAUGACAGUCAUUUCUCUGGCAGGAAGAUGUUUUUAUUUGUAUUUACUUUUCAGUACAGGGCAAUUAUGCUCCUCUGUGUUGUGCACUCUUCGCAGUUCCUAUCUCCAAAGAAUUACAGUGCUUGGAACAGGACUGCGGUUUGAAGCAGAGGUCACGGAGUUGAUGAGGAGCUGCUGGGAAUCGGGAGCUGCCUGGACCACAAUGCCCUACCCUGCUCCUGGCCUUGGGAAGUUGUGAGCUGCUCAUGUCCAUAAGGAGGAAGGAUGGCUCAUGGAAUUCCUUCACAAGGCAAAGUUACCAUAACAGUGGAUGAAUACAGCUCCAACCCAACGCAGGCGUUUACACACUACAACAUCAACCAGAGCAGGUUCCAGCCUCCACAUGUGCAUAUGGUCGACCCUAUCCCAUAUGACACUCCAAAACCAGCGGGCCACACGCGAUUUGUCUGCGUCUCAGACACGCACUCCAGAACAGAUGGCAUCCAGAUGCCUUAUGGGGACAUCCUUCUGCACACGGGCGAUUUCACCGAACUGGGACUGCCCUCAGAGGUUAAGAAGUUUAAUGACUGGUUAGGAAACCUACCAUAUGAAUAUAAAAUAGUGAUUGCUGGGAAUCAUGAACUGACAUUUGAUAAGGAAUUCAUGGCAGACCUUGUUAAACAAGAUUACUACCGCUUUCCCUCUGUGUCCAAAUUGAAACCAGAGGACUUUGACAAUGUUCAGUCACUCCUGACAAAUAGUAUUUACUUACAAGAUUCAGAGGUAACAGUUAAAGGAUUCCGAAUAUAUGGUGCCCCAUGGACACCGUGGUUUAAUGGAUGGGGCUUUAAUCUACCCAGAGGUCAGUCUUUGCUAGACAAGUGGAACCUUAUUCCUGAGGGAAUUGACAUACUAAUGACACAUGGACCUCCCCUUGGUUUUCGAGACUGGGUUCCAAAGGAGCUGCAGAGGGUGGGUUGUGUGGAGCUGCUGAACACAGUGCAGAGGCGAGUAAGGCCCAAACUCCAUGUCUUUGGUGGGAUUCAUGAAGGUUAUGGCAUCAUGACAGACGGUUACACGACGUACAUCAAUGCUUCAACGUGUACAGUCAGCUUCCAACCAACCAACCCUCCAAUUAUAUUCGACCUUCCGACCCCUCAAGGAUCCUGAAGCACUACUGCACAUUUGGAACUGGGGAAGGUCUAUAAACUGCCAUUUUCUAAUUAUAAAA